AUGGCUGGCGCGCAGCCUACCCCAGACCAGUUGUCUCAGGUCUGUGGCAUCACACAGGUGGAUGAAUCAAGUGCCAGAGUUCUGCUUCGGAAAAAUAACAACGAUCCCAAUGCCGCCGUCAACGCCUACUUUGAAGAUCCAGUGGGCUCCCUGCGAGAGGCUCCUCUUGCGAGUCAAUGGGACAAUUACACGGACAGCAUGCCAUCCUUUAACAUAGUCGCCGACGAUGCCAGCAUGGGCGCAGCCCCUCCCAUGUCUCGCCCGCCCUCCAGGGUCGACAACUCUAGACCGAGGAUCGAUUACUCAAACAAUCAUGCCGCAGCCAUGGCCAGCACCGGUUUGAGCCUUAGGGAACAAGAAGAACUGGAAGACCCCAACAUUCAACGUGCCAUCACCGAGUCUAUGCGGUCCACUCUACCGGCCCAGGAGAACGGUAUCACUGGUGCCGGUUCCCAUUUUGGGCCGGCGAAACGUGACUACUAUGAGCCGAACAACUGGGCGCUCACCACCUUUGCUUCCUCCCGAGAGAUCAUCGAUCAUCCUCCACCGACCAAGAGGCGUCGUUUGGACGACGAACCUGCUUUCCUCCGGGGCUCGAAAGAGACGGACUAUUUGGCUCCACUCCUCACCAUAUAUCACUCGAUCCCUCUGGCACGAGAGGCUCUACUGGCGCGAACACUCAAGGUCCAUACCUACGGUCACGAUGCAAGCUGGUGGGCGGGAUCCACUGACGAGAACACCAAGGCCUUAUCCAUGGACAACGAUAUCGAACUUGAUCGUGAAGACUGCAACCUCUUGACAGAGGUGCAGUGUUUGAUGGCCUUUCUGGACGCCACCAACCGUGCGUAUGGCAGUGUGGAUGCGUUGGCUGAUCUUCAAGCCAUUCGUAGCUCUCAUACCAGUGGUGAUUAUUAUGUCCGAUUCCUGACCGCCUGGGCGUCGGCUGCCGUUCGUCACGCACCUCAGUCCUCAGUCGCUGAAGUGUUCGUUUCCGUCGCGGCCAAGGAUUCUGCGGAACUCGUCGAACCCGAAUUGAAGCCUCUCAAGUGCGUCGAGGCGCCCGUGAACAGAGUCCCUGGUGAGACCUUGGUCGAUUUGCUCGAUUUGACCGUCUGGGACGAUGAACCCAACAACAUCGAUGAUGUGUGGUUCGAUCAAGUUGCCGAGGUGUUUACCGUCCGAAUCUUUGAUCCGGCCCAGGGCAAACACGGCCCUCUGGAGCUGAGCCUGGACCCUGUCUGGUACCCCGACCGAUAUAUGAUCGAGUGCAAAGAUGCCACCCAAGAAAUACGCAAACAGAGGCAAUUGCUUCUGAGAGAGAUCGCACAAUGCACCAACAUCCAGCAUCGAUGUGAGAUGCUCAAACUACCAGACAAUAGGGUCCUCAUGUUACGUGACGUCCUUGACGCUGCUGCUCAGGCAUCUGUGGAGGCGGUCGGAAACAGAUCAUCCACCACACGCCUCACAGAUGAUCAACUAGAGCAGCCCGAUAUUGAAGGAGUCGAGUUGGAGUUGCGUCGCAUCAUCGAUCGCAUCGAUCAGAAAAGACAGUUGCUCGAGGAUCGAAAGAGUGAUCUACGUGCGAAGAUGAAGGAAAUUGCACGGCAACUGACUCGCCCAACUGCAGAUAGCCCCAACCUCCCGCAUCACAAAUACACACUUCAAGGAGUGUCAACCAAGCCUAACGUCACCUACCUGCGCCGCCCCAACACUGAUUUGCUCCUGGAGGACGAUGAAGGAGGUUCCGACAGUUCCCAGGGGCAAUGGUGGAGGAUGGCCUGGGUUCAGGAUGAGGUUCAAGCCCAGCAACAGAGCCAGCAAGCGAAUGCUCCAACCAUGGGACCUCUUACUCAAGCCCAGGCCGUAGCAUCCACGAAGAACCUUGGCUUCACGGCAGGGUUGAGCUUUGACAAUCUGACCAAGUCCAAGGCGCCAGACCUGGAUGUCCCCAAACCGUAUACCAUUCAAAAGGUCACAGAGGAAGAAGUUCUGCUUGCGGUCAAGAAGGAGCACAGCUCGGUUCUACUGGUUUAUGCCAGCGAGGAUGCUCUUACCUAUGAAGGAGGCGAGUUGAGCAUGCCAUUGAGACAUUUUGUGGAUCGCGACAAUCGAGCAUUCGCGGAGGAAUUACAUGCCGGAAAUGAGCCAGAUCAGGACAUCUUGGAUGACCGAGAUAACGAGAUCGAAUUCGAAGAUGUGCCUUUGAUCGACCCCAAUGGAUCCAGCAGCUCGGCGCGAGAAUUGACACCAAUGUCGACGUCGAGCCCUGGCCGGGAUGAGGACGGGCAGGCGUCACCGAAGCGAUUGAGAGGAGAGAAUCUCUUGAACAUAUCCGACCAACUACCCUCGUACGAUGAAAGCACGGGGAAGCAGGAAAUGCAGGAGAAGAAAGGCAACAAGAUCGGUUUCCACGCGGAGCAGAUGCUUCAAAAGUACGGAGACGAGGCUGACGCCGAGUCGUCUGACGAGCAGUACGAAAAGGCCUACUUCAUGCACGUUGAGAAUGAUCAUUAG